UCGUUGCCAUCCCUACAGCUGCGUGAUAACAUUAAUUUUUGUAAGAAUCUGAAUGCAUUUGUAAAUUCAAACAAAGUGUGCUUUUGUUAUCCAUCUUUAUACAAGUUAUUAUAUUAAUUAAAAUGGCUAGAAGAAUUGCUCAGUCGUCUGUUAAUUGGAUUGCUAUUAGUAAACGUGUUCCUGAAGCUAAAAAAGCUGCUUAUUUAGCUUUUAAAGCUAAAUCUGAUGAGUACCUCCGAAAAAUGUUUGCAUUAUCCUCAGAAGCAUCUAAAAUUGAAUGGGCCAAAUACAAGAAUGCUAUUCCUAUCGCUGGUUUAGUUGAAAAUUUUGAAAAGCAAUACAAUGCACUUAAAAUUCCAUAUCCUGAAGACAAAUAUACAGCAUUUAUUGAUAGCUCUGAAAAAAAAACUAUUUAA